UCACAUUCUGGCUAGGGUGUUUAGUUCGCGAUGUGGUAGUAAUAGGAUACCAAACUGUAGUAUAACUUUACGAGGCGUCUGCGAGGCGGAUGCCAUUCAUGAUUAUUUACUUGCUGGCAACUUGCUCAAGGCUGCUCGGCGCCGACAGGUAUAAAAGGGCGGCAGGUGCGAAGCAGUGCCCAGUGGAGCAAAGGACAUCUAAGCAUCAUGAGGACCCUGAUUCUGCUGAGUGUGGUGACGGUGGCUAUGGCCCAGAGUUACGACGGGGGCUUCGUCAAGAUCCUGCAAGACAAGAGGUACCAGAGCGGCAGUACUUUCGGCAACUUCCGUGACCAGGAGGACGGCACUAAGUAUUUCGAGGAGACGGAUGAGAUGGGAGUGCGCCGCGGCUACUGGGAGUACGUGGAUGAGCUUGGAAAGACCAUCCGCAACGAAUUCGAAGCUGGUCCCGGUAUCGGCUUCAGAAUCACCAAGUCCAACGCCCACGACACCACCCCAGUGUUCAAGCCCCUGCCCCAGUUCCAAGCACCCAGACCCGCCCCCACUGCCGCUCCCGUGUACCAGCCCGUCCCCGUGCAGCCCACCUAUCAACCCGUGGCCGUGCAGCCCCAGUACCAGCCUGCCCCAGUUCACGUGCCCGCCCCAGUCCCCAGGUACACCCCCACCCUGGCACCUGAGCCCCAGAACCUCUUUGAUUACCCCGGUAACCUGGAGUUCUCUCGUGACCAUCUGGGCCACCGCUUCAAGUUCGUCGCUGCCUAAGUCUUCCACACUACCUCCUCUUCCAUUUACCAUCCUUUCCCUGGUUCUCUUCUGCUUCCCAUUCCAUCUAAGUUCUCCCAGGCCUCUACAUACUGGCCGACGCUUGUCUCGUUUCCUCUCGUCACUACCUCCUGUGCUUAACCCAUUAAUGCAACUUCUUUCUCUUGUUGGCAAUACCCAUCAUCUCUUCCACUAACGUCGCAGUAACACGUCUCAUCUGCAGCAUCCUUAGCUCAUCCUUCCACAUCAAGGCAGCAUCACUCGCCUCAAACGUGUCUCUGCGUUGUUAGCGACACGAUGAGCCUUUACUCCUCUUCCUCCUCCCACCCAACGCCCUCAGCAGGCGCCCACAGGAGAGCUACGCCCGCCGAAGCCUCCAGGGUCCUCGCUCCACACAAAUGCUCCUCCCAAACUGACGUGAGAUUGUGACGGCGUGACGAGCGUAACCGAAGAGCGUGCAGGAGCGGCCGCCGCCCCGCCCUCCUUGACAGGUCCUGUGAUAUCUAGUCCUCUGCGAAAAGCAACAAAAAAUAGUGUAGUUUUUGAGAGUUUCAGUCAGCACAAUGCCGCUUUUUCGACGCUGCUCAUGACAACUUGUGGACAUGUACAUGCAGUAAGUCUGCGACGUUUAUUGCUUUCUGUUGUUAUAAUUAUAAUCUUUGUCUCUCCAUCGUCUCAUUUCGUCUGCGUGGAAUUGAUAAUUGAACAAACUCUUAACUCUGCGUCUUCUUCCUAGAAAUACUGUCUUCAAUUACCAAAAAUAUUCGUUUCGUUUUGCAGUUCAUGUUUCACAAUGAGUUGCUUUAUCCAGGUUCGCCUCAAUUCGGCAUCACUUCCUCAAAAAUACUCGUGUAUCCACAAUACUCUGACCUGCCACUGGAAACUCUUAGCGAGGCAUCAGGCGCUGCCUUCUUCCUAAAUUCCUUCUUGUAUGCCUGUCUUCUAAUUAACGUUAAAUCAAAAACAUUUCCUUGAAAAAAAUAAACAAUUCGGUGACCACCGAUGCACCGAGGCACCGAGUAAAGGCUCGAUCCUGACCCUCGGUCCUCGGUGUGUCGGCGGCGCCACAAUGGACAUAUGGGCAUUGUUAGGCAGUAAUACUCUACUCUUAGUGUUAAAGAAAAGAAAGAAAAAAAAUAAUUACGAAAGAAAACCCUCAUCGGAAUUAUCAUGUAUAGUUUGAUGAGAAAAUGUCACAUAACAGACCCUCGAGUAAAAUACCAAAAAAAUAAAAGUUUAAUAAUAAAGUAAAGUCGAAGGGAUCAGUGGUGUUGGAAACGGUACAUUCAGAACCGGUACAUUUGUCGACACACGGUAAAAUUAUCCGACUUUUAAUUUGUUUCCUUCAUCUCUAAAUUGCAAUCUUGAAUUACGAAUUCUUACUGGCGUGUACAAAAACUAUCUUUGGAAAGGCUGUUGGAAAUUAACAGUAAACUCAAAUCAAUAAGUAAAUUAACUGAUCCCUUAUAAAAACAAUUCAAAGAACGUUGUUACAAAAAGACAAGUAUGAGUGCUAGAAUAAAUAGUUCAGUAUUACAAAAAAGCACGAAUACUUAACAAAAUGUUACAAACAAAAACGCACCGCCUUGGUGUGCUGUGUGUGUGUGCGUGUGUGUGCUGUGUGCCGGAGUGGCGAGUGUGCGAUAGCUAGCGUGACGCUCUCGCUGCCCUGGCCGCGUGUGCCGCGUGGCCUAUGCCGCGUGCCGCGUGCUUCUUUCUUUACUCCAGGUGCUCGCAGUCACCUGGUCACGUAACCGGACUAUGCAUCGCCCCAGCACGCUCUGUUACGCUCCGUCACGCCGCGUUGCGUCACAUUGCCGUCAACGAGGAGACUCUUGGUUGAUUUUCUGUUGCACCACGACAGUAGUUCAACAGCGGACCGCCAGGUCUGGUGUAUAUUUUUGUAUAGAUAAAAGUUUUCUGUAAAUGAUGAAA